AUGCCAAUGCCCCCGUGGGGUCCUUUUCUCGGGAAUAUCCCAGCCCUGGCUGCGUUGAACAAAAGGGUGCCAAAUGAUGCCCGGCAAGCAGAGUCCUUUGCGCUCCUCUCUUCCGAGUCUCCCGGACUCGAAUCGUGUUUCUAUGUCGACGUCUGGCCGUUUGGAUUCCCUAUCCUUGUCAUCACUUCGCCUGAGCUCGCUAUGCAGACGUGCCAGACUCAUGACCUUGGUAAGCCGGAUGCCCUCUCUCCAUUCAUCGCCCCGACGGCAGGCGGGUCAAGCUUUUUUGAUAGCAACGGCACGGAAUGGAAGCGAUCCAGAGAGCUCUUUCACCAUGCUUUUAGUAUGAAGGCCUCGAUGGAGCAUGUCCCGCAAAUCAUUGAGGAGGCAGAGGCAUACGUGGAUAUUCUCCGGGAGCACGCAGAAAAGCAGGACAUCUUUCUGUUGGACCAGGCAACUUGCAAUUGCGUCAUGGAUAUUGUCGGCAAUGUUGCGCUCCACAGCCAAGUCCAUCAUGGAUCUAGUCAUCGCAGAGUACAUGAAGGCAAGGCCGGCAGCGCCAUCAAGGCCUGGGCUACCAUCCAGAUUCGUUUGUUUCUCUUUGUCGGACACGACUCGACCGCAGUGACCAUUGUUUACUGUCUAUACCUCCUAUCAAAACACCCAGCUAUCUUAGACAAAGUACGUGUGGAGCAUGACAAAGUAUUUGGCACGGACUUGGCUAGCGGCACUGAACUUCUUAAGCAACGCCCGAAAUUGAUCAAUAGGCUGCUGCCCUAUACAACAGCAGUGGUAAAGGAAACACUCCGUCUCUACCCGCCCGCCAAUGGUCUCCGGCAGGGGCUUCCAAACGUUUCCCUCCGCAAUCCUCAAACUGGCCAAACUUUCCCUACUGAAGGGUUCGCACCCUGGGUCUUGCACAGUGGCGUCCACCGAAACGCUCAUCACUGGCCAGACCCGCAUUCUUUCAUCCCGGACCGAUGGCUGGCUCCGCCUGGCCACCCUUUACAUCCCCCUGCUGGAGGGUGGAGACCUUUUGAACACGGCCCUCGGGAUUGUAUAGGGCAGAACAUCGCUCUCCUUGACGCAAAGACUACGCUGGUCAUGACGGUCCGCGAAUUCGACUUCCACGAUCAGUAUGCCGAGUGGGAUCGCCUUCAUCCGCCCCGUGGACCGAACACCAUGUUUGGCGAGCGUGCCUAUCUCAUCCAGAAGGGAUCAGGACACCCAGCGCAGGGAAUUCCUUGCAAGGUUGCUCGCCGAGAAAGUGUCGGGGAUCUAUAG